CAGGUGGCUGCUGCGGCUCUGACGUAAAGCAGUACGUGUAUGGAGGCUGGGCCUGGGCCUGGUGGUGCAUCACUGACACCCAAAGGUACCCUGACAGUAGAGCAGAUCUACCAGGACAGGGAUCAGUUUGCCAAGCUGGUGCGGGAGGUGGCAGCUCCUGAUGUGGGUCGCAUGGGUAUUGAGAUCCUGAGCUUCACCAUCAAGGAUGUCUAUGAUAAAGUGGAUUACCUGAGCUCCCUGGGGAAGACCCAGACGGCGGCCGUCCGAAGGGACGCAGACAUCGGCGUGGCGGAGGCCGAGCGAGACGCUGGCAUCCGGGAGGCAGAGUGCAAGAAAGAAAUGCUGGAUGUCAAGUUCAUGGCAGAUACCAAAAUAGCGGAUUCCAAACGGGCUUUUGAAUUGCAGAAAGCUGCCUUCACUGAGGAGGUCAACAUUAAGACUGCGGAGGCCCAGCUGGCCUAUGAGCUACAGAGCGCCCGGGAGCAGCAGAAGAUUCGCCAGGAGGAAAUCGAAAUCGAGGUGGUGCAGCGCAAGAAGCAGAUCGACGUGGAGGAGAAGGAGGUCGCCCGGAUGGAGAAGGAGCUGAUCGCCACCGUGAAGCGGCCGGCCGAGGCCGAGGGCUACCGCCUCCAGCAGAUCGCCGAGGGCGAGAAAGUGAAGCAAGUGCUCAUUGCCCAGGCGGAGGCGGAGAAGAUCCGCCAGCUCGGCGAAGCGGAGGCGUUUGUCAUUGAGGCCAUCGGGAUGGCGGAGGCCGAGAGGAUGAAGCUGAAAGCUGAAGCUCUCAAGCAGUACGGAGAAGCCGCCCGGCUGGCUCUGGUGCUGGAUGCGCUGCCUGAGAUCGCUGCCAAGGUGGCCGCCCCCCUCUCCAAAGUGGACGAGAUCGUGAUUCUCAGCGGGGAGAGCAGCAGCAGCACGGCCGAGGUGAACCGCCUGCUGGCCGAGAUCCCCGCCUCCGUGCGCGCCAUCACGGGCGUGGAUCUCACAAAGAUUCCCCUGAUCCAGAAAGCCACCGGGGCCCAGGCAUGAGGCUGGCCAACCCAGAGCUAGUGAAGAUCACUCCCUGUUAUGCACUCAGACAUCAACUGCCUUCAACAAGCAGGAAUUCCUUUUAUAUCAAAGACAAUCGGAGUUUCAUUUUUAA